GUCUGCGCUGCGUCACGUCACCUCCACAGGCCUUGUUCCAUGCUCCGCGCCCCGCGAGCUGUCAUCAUUUCACCGGGAGAGGCGAAGGGCAUCCGGGAUACAGGCCGAGAAGGGAGCCGCUUAAACUCGUUUCUGGAGAGUGGACAAACGGACCAGUGGACGGCGGACGCUUCAUUCAUCCCUGUUUGUCCUGGGACUAACCCCGGUGGAGUGAGUUUUUUUUUUAUCCCGUCGUUCUGAGGUUUCUGACGUCUGGCCCGUCGGCCUGACCUCCACCAGCGUGUGUGUGAUACUUUGAGGACUGCUCAUGCAUCGUUUAAGGACUUGUGCGGCGCGGUUGCGUCCGCUCACCGCCUCGCAGGCGGCUCAGACUGUCGGCCCCCAGCGGCCAAUCACAGUCGCCUCCAGAGGUGGCACAAGGACGUUUCAGCCAAUCAGGUGCUACACAGCACCUGUGGCCUCGGAGCCGUUCCUGAACGGAACGAGUUCUAACUACGUGGAGGAGAUGUACUUCGCCUGGAUGGAGGACCCCAAGAGUGUGCACAAGUCGUGGGAUGUUUUUUUCAGGAAUGCUAACGCCGGUGCUCCUCCCGGUGCAGCCUACCAGUCUCCUCUGGGUCUGUCUGCAGCUCCUCAGCUCUCCUCUCUGGUCGGAGCUCAGCCCAACGUGGAGAAGCUGGUGGAGGAUCACCUGGCCGUGCAGUCUCUCAUCAGGGCCUACCAGAUCCGAGGGCACCAUGUGGCCCAGUUGGACCCCCUCGGCAUCUUGGACGCCGAUCUGGACUCGUGUGUCCCCACGGACAUUAUCACCUCCUCCGACAAACUGGACGUGGCUGUGUUCAAGGAGAGACUGAGAAUCCUAACGGUAGGAGGCUUCUACGGUCUAGAUGAGUCCGACCUGGACAAGGUGUUCCGGCUGCCCACCACCACCUUCAUCGGAGGCUCAGAGAGCGCCCUGCCACUGAAGGAGAUCAUCCGUCGACUGGAGAUGGCGUACUGUCAGCACAUCGGUGUGGAGUUCAUGUUCAUCAACGACCUGGAGCAGUGUCAGUGGAUCAGACAGAAGUUCGAGACUCCAGUAGGGAUGCAGUUCACUCUGGAGGAGAAGAGGACACUGCUGGCCCGCAUGGUCCGCUCCACCAGGUUUGAGGAGUUCCUGCAGAAGAAGUGGUCUGCAGAGAAACGUUUUGGUCUGGAGGGCUGUGAGUCUCUGAUCCCAGCUCUGAAAACCAUAAUAGAUAAAUCCUCUGAGAAUGGGGUGGAGAACGUCAUCAUGGGAAUGCCUCACAGGGGCCGUCUGAAUGUUUUGGCCAAUGUGAUUCGUAAAGAGCUGGAACAGAUCUUCUGUCAGUUUGACUCCAAACUGGAAGCUGCUGAUGAGGGCUCUGGAGAUGUGAAGUACCAUCUGGGGAUGUACCAUCGUCGCAUUAACCGCGUGACAGACAGAAACAUCACCUUGUCUCUGAUGGCGAACCCAUCUCACCUGGAGGCCGUGGAUCCCGUGGUGCAGGGAAAGACCAAAGCUGAGCAGUUCUACUGUGGAGACAACGAAGGCAACAGGGUGAUGUCCAUCCUGCUCCACGGAGACGCAGCGUUCGCAGGUCAGGGUAUCGUCUAUGAAACCUUCCACCUAUCUGACCUGCCAUCCUACACCACGCACGGCACCGUGCACGUCGUUGUCAACAACCAGAUCGGCUUCACCACAGAUCCUCGUGGGUCUCGCUCGUCUCCGUAUCCAACCGACGUGGCUCGAGUCGUCAACGCUCCCAUCUUCCACGUCAACGCUGACGACCCAGAGGCCGUCAUCUACGUCUGUAAGGUGGCUGCUGAGUGGAGGGCCACGUUCCACAAGGACGUGGUGGUCGACCUGGUGUGUUACCGUCGGAUGGGUCACAACGAGAUGGACGAGCCGAUGUUCACUCAGCCGCUGAUGUACAAACAGAUCAAGAAGCAGAAACCGGUUCUGCAGAAAUAUGCAGAGAAACUGAUCGCAGAGGGAGCCGUGACCCGGCAGGAGUACGAGGAGGAGAUUGCCAAAUAUGACAAGAUCUGUGAGGAAGCGUACGCUCGCUCUAAAGAUGAGAAGAUCCUCCACAUCAAGCACUGGCUGGACUCCCCCUGGCCUGGUUUCUUCACUCUGGACGGACAGCCAAAGUCCAUGAGCUGCCCCUCGACCGGUCUGACUGAGGAAAACCUCAACCACAUCGGAGGUGUGGCCUCGUCCGUCCCUGUGGAGGACUUCACCAUCCACGGAGGUCUGAGUCGUAUCCUGAAGAGCCGAGCCGAGAUGAUUCGUAACCGGACCGUGGACUGGGCUCUGGGAGAGUACAUGGCCUUUGGAUCGCUGCUGCAGGAGGGAACCCACAUCAGACUGUCGGGACAGGACGUGGAGCGAGGCACGUUCAGCCACCGUCAUCACGUCCUCCAUGACCAGAACGUGGAUAAGAGGAUCUGCAUUCCCAUGAACCACCUCUCUCCUGACCAGGCGCCGUACACCGUCUGCAACAGCUCCCUGUCUGAGUACGGAGUCCUGGGCUUUGAGUUGGGUUUUGCGAUGGCGAGUCCCAACUCUCUGAUCCUGUGGGAGGCUCAGUUCGGAGACUUCCACAACACGGCUCAGUGCAUCAUCGACCAGUUCAUCUGUCCCGGUCAGGCCAAGUGGGUCAGACAGAACGGCAUCGUGCUGUUGCUCCCGCACGGCAUGGAGGGCAUGGGCCCGGAACAUUCUUCAGCUCGUCCAGAGAGAUUCCUCCAGAUGUGCAACGAUGACCCCGACGUCAUGCCGACCCUCACAGAGGACUUUGCGGUGCAACAGCUCUACGACUGUAACUGGAUUGUGGUGAACUGUUCGUCUCCUGGAAACUACUUCCAUGUCCUCAGACGACAGAUCCUCCUCCCAUACAGGAAGCCUCUGAUUGUCUUCACUCCCAAAUCUCUGCUGCGUCUCCCAGAGGCCAGAUCCAACUUUGACGAGAUGCUGCCUGGAACUCAGUUCCAGAGGUUGAUCCCAGAAGGAGGCUUGGCGUCGGAGAGUCCGGAGGAGGUGAAGCGUCUGAUCUUCUGCACAGGCAAGGUCUACUACGAGCUGGUCAAAGAGAGGAAGAACAGAGGCAUGGAGGCAACUGUGGCCAUCGCACGCAUGGAGCAGCUGUCUCCGUUCCCAUUCGAUCAGGUGAAGUCGGAGUCGGAGCGUUUUGCCAACGCCGAUCUGGUUUGGUGUCAGGAGGAGCACAAGAACCAGGGUUACUAUGACUACGUGAAGCCUCGCAUCAGGACCACCAUCCAGAGAGCCAAACCUGUCUGGUAUGCUGGCAGAGGUCCGGCUGCAGCACCGGCGACGGGAAACAAGAAAGCUCACCUGAUGGAGUUGCAGCGCUUACUGGACAACGCCUUCGGCCUGGACGCGUUCAAAGAUCAGCAGUAGACCUGUGACCUCUGGCCUCUGGCCUCUGACCUGCAACACCUGAUAUACACCCCCGACCUUCCUGGUUUCAGUUGUGACAUUCAAACUGCAUCAACACACACACACACACACACACUGUAAUACUGCAUACUACAAAUACUGCACACAGCUUACUUCAGUCAGUAAACAUUGUGUACUACUCAGUACUCAAGUAUUGCAUACUUCAUAGUACACACUUUACUUUAUCCCAACUACAAAAAGUACUACAUACAGAACAUCACUAAGUUUACACUCUGUGUUUAUUUACUGAAGUCCAGUUACAAACGGCAACACAUAGACUGGAACUUACAACUGCUUAUAGGUAAAACAAUUAUAAUAAAUGACCGAAUAUUCCGAGAAAUAACUCUGAAGAUUUUAUCAUUUCGGAGAAUAUUCAAGUUUUUUUUCUGAAGAAACUUUGUUACUUUGACCUCUUAUUUCAGUAAACCUGUGACCGCCCUGCAGUGUGUUUAUUAUGGCACCAGUAUUUAGUAUUAAUGUAGCAGACACAUUGUGCUGAUUACUGCAUACUUUAAUAUACUCAUUUGUUAGUAUAUCGAUGUACUGUGGCGUUGGAGUACACUGUGUACUACUGCAGUACAAACAUCAUCUGUCAUAGGAGUACUCCGUGUGCUGUAUUAGUACUGUGUUCAGUAGUACAGCAUCAGCAUCGGACUCAACUCCACCACAGGCAACACAACAACUUUCUGAGCAACAAGUUGCCUCAACAUGCUUUAACACAGGAUACAUCAGGCUCAAUACUACUGCUGAUAUCAAGUAUGUGAUACUGUAAACCAUAUAAACUCGUACAUUGAGUAAUAACAACAUGAUUUAUCCAGACAGGACAACAAGUACAAAGAGCCUCAAGUUAAAGGUGAUCCACGGUAACAAAUGUAUAAGAUGGACAGAGAUAGUUAUUGAGAAGAUCCAACAGACGACAAAGCUUAUGUUGCUGUUAAAUUCACUAUCAAUAUAACGGGAGAGAUUUGUCGUUUAUGUCUUAACACUCUGACAGUUUGAGCAUUUUAACCUGCAUUUUCAUGCGUAUUAGUUGAUUAAAAUACAUCAGACUUCUGUGCAGGAGGGCAUGACAGAAAAAAAGUGAACUACAAGAAUGUAGUCUGAUGUUCUGUGCUGCAGAUUUAAUACUCGCCACGCGUGGCUCGAGUGUCUGAGUCGAGACAUGAGGCAACAUGAAAUAAACUGUUAGAAGGCAAAGUUGCUGCAGAUCAGUUGACUGGAGAAGCUGAGUUUAACGGUCAAACGCACACACACACACCUUCCUCCGUCCACACACACACACACACACACACACACUCCAGCCGUUUUAUGUAACAGCAGGUCAGAAGUUAUCACGUCAUCAUCCCCAUCAUCUCUACGUCACCUGAAACAUUGCAGGAAAUAUUUUACUUUAAGUUUUUAAUAAAUGGCUCAUUAGCAUCGUUAGCGCUCCCCAUUGAAAACGAAUGGGAGCCCGGCUAGCUGGAACAGUGAGUGGAAUCACUACAGCAGGUGGAGGGUUUUCUUGCCUUUCAGCAGGUGUGUUGGCUUGUUAAAAAAAAGAAAAGUCUGUAAUGUGUCACCAUGGCAACACUUAACUCGCACAUUGAGAUUUUAAUUGUUUAACUUUGACAAAAUAUCUCUGGGGAAUAAAAUGGCAGCGGUCUGUACCAUCAGGCGUCCCUACAUGAGCUCAACCAAAUGCACUGCUGAUUAUGAUUUAACCCCUCGGCUUCUUUCCUUGUCUCUCGCGAGCGUUUAUCUCGUGCCAAAAUGGAGCGUCUCAUGUUUUUAUUAUGUACUUCGUGUUUCAGCUGAAUGAACUCUUGUCAGCAGGAAAUGAAAUCUCCUGGUUUUGAAACAGAAAAUAAAACGACAACAGAAGAUGAAAUCGGCUGCUGCAGAUGGUGUUCUGGGCUUCUGUGAGACAAAGAAAAUGAUUUAUUUAUUUUCAUAAUAGGGGAUUUUAAUUCUCUUCAUUAUUUUGCUUCAUUCAAUAAAGAAUACUGUAUGUACUGAA